CGUCUCUACGAUUUUGCUUCUCUAUUCUCAUUGAUAACUAACGUUGGUAAUCGCAGAUACCACCGAGGUUAACAAGCACUGAGUAGUAUUGUCGAAGAAACCCCAAGGAAUCCGAAGAUUUACCGACAGGAGGUUAUUAAAUUUUGAAGCGCGCAAAAUCCCAUAAAACCAACGGUCUUUACCUCGUCGGUGUCAUAGGCGAAUCUCGCAAGCGGAACGUGCGAGCGCGCCAAUACGCGUCGGCGCAUUCAGCGCGAAGGUUGUGAUCUGUGUCAUUGGCGUUGAGAGGACCAGGAAUAUCUCUGAGCUUCCCACGAUCGCGAUUUGUACGUAUGAUAAUUUCAAGCUGAUCGACACGCCUAAUAUCUCCGUGCCGUGGAUGUCGUGGCCGUCGUCGUACGGAACCGAGUCUUGAUGCGCAGCAAGCCGCUGGUCGAGAUGGAGAACAGGUUGUCGGACACCUCGGUGCCGUUGUAUCAUAACCUAUCGAGGAAGUCUAAGAGGCGAUCCAGCCGCCGCAGCAACGCGAUGGACGCGUGGAGCUGCGGCCAACAGAACAGCCAGGAUGGCGGCCUGGUAUCGGGUGGCGUGGAGUACCAUCAGCCGCGGAUGCUGUGGCCGUCGAGCGUGCCGCAGAACGUGCAGGGCAGUGGCCAACGCUUGUUCGCCGCGAUGUCCGACCCGAGUGUGUGUGGCUACUCGGCGAUGCCGGUGACAUAUACUAUGCAGCCGGUUUCACUGCCACCCGUGUACAGUCUGUACCAGCCUGUACCCUUGCCGAACGUCAGAACUGUCCAUCACAAUACACCUAGGCCUAUCCACAAUGAACGUUCUGCAAACGUUUACUCCAAGGCCAGCAGUGGUGCUGCCAAUGGCUGUGGCAACGUGUUGGAGAAUGGUUUAGAGUCUACUGUACAUAUUGCUCAUCAGAAUGGAGAUUACGCUAGUCUACCACCUAAUGCUGACAGUGGUGUCAACGGUGAUGAACUUAAUUCAGAACACAGAAGAUAUUCUGAUCCUGGACUUGGACCUGCUAAGGUUUCCUCUCAUCUAGACAGCGAUGACUCUGCUGAGAGUGAAAGUUCGGUGAUAACAAUUGGACGCACCAAUAAACUCGCAUUGUCCCUUAUGGAACAGAUAACAGAUUUGAAGAAGUAUAAUAGCCAAUUGUUCAAAGAACUCAGUGUAACCAAAUCAUAUUUUGAGAGUAUGAAAGCUGAAUUGGUACAAUAUAAACACGGUGCCUCUUCAGACUAUCAACCUGGAAUGUUAUCAGAAUUUAUACGGGAAAUUAGAGAAGCCAAUAAAAAAUAUGAGGAAGGUCUUAUCGCGAAGGUGACGUCCAUGUUAGAGGAAAGGUACAGUCAGCAGGCUAUAGAAAUAGAAGAGUUGAAGAAUCAAUUGUCGAAAGUAACCAACCAAUACGAGGAGAGCAAAAAACAUAUCGCCACAUUGGAGGAGGAAUUGACGACACUGAAGCUGAGCGUAACCAACGGAGGUCGCGAGAUCGCAGCCUUCGAGGAGGAGACCCUGGCGCUGCGACGGGAGCUCCAGGAGGCGCGCGCGUCCAGGACCCUGGCCGAGAACCACGCGGCAAAGUGCGUAAACUUGGCGGUAUCCAGAUCUGUCACGCCUGUAACUUACGAAACGCCCGAUAUAACCAGCACCCCCGUGCGUACCGCUCUUACCGACACCCGCUGCCUAUCCCCCGUGCCCGACAUCAUAAUCGCAGACACUUCCUCCGUAUCCAUCCCCGUGUCCGUUGCCACUUCCGUUUUUCGUCCCUGUUCCGCGGAGGUGGCGGUUCCUCUCGUCAUCGAGACGCAAGCUCGCAUCAGAACGGAUUCCGGAGUCGUCGUGUCCAGUGAUAGCUCGCCAGAGCCGCAGUUGAAGGUGGACGAGAUCGAUCUGCCCGUAGAGGCGACUUCGACGUCCUGCCAACGUCGCGACUUCGAUGUCGCGGCUUACGCGAACGAGAUUGCGAACGAGAUUGCAAACGAGAUCAUGUAUCGUACGAGCAAGGAUUAUAAACGGGCAGACCCCGUCAGAAACAUAUUUUACUCGGCUAAAUUAGCGGAGUUGCUUUACUACGGUUUGCUCGACACGAAGGAAAUCUAUGAGCUGUAUUGCGAAAAAUACCCAUUGGUCGGCGAAGAAAAGAAAACUAAUGAACCGUCGACUGCGAACGAGGUCGAAAUAGCUAUCGCGUUAUUGGACAGUUUCGAGAAGAAGAACAGCUCGUCAAAGGAUGCAUCGGACAAUACGGCGGACAAGGCCGUGCAAGUCUCGAUGGAGGAUGCGAAUCCGCUGGAAAGCUUCCCCGCGACGCUAUUCAGUCUCAAGAAGAAACGAAAGAAGGGCCACUCCAAGUCGUCCAACGAGACCAACAAGAUCCGCCAACGGGCCGGCGUGUCGAGCAACGAGAUCACAGCCUCGUGCUCGAAUGCAAGGUACAGAUGCGAUGCGAUAAACAGGGACGAGAAUUGCUUCGACGACGAUUGCACAAGCCGAGCCAUCGCCGAGGUGCCGGAUGUCGCUGUGGUUGGCGGCGGCUCGUUCAUACCGAAAGACCUCUGCUCGACGAGAAUCCUGACCUCCAGAGUCCUGACAGCACCUUCACGCGCCACCUACACCACCGCCUAUAUCUAGGUUACGCGCGGGGUCCCGAGCCAAAAAGCAAUAAUAAUAAUAAAGCGGAAAUUGCUAGAACAGAGCGAAAGGUCGAAACGAGAGAAAAGAACAAGCGAUAUAUUACCACUCAUCGCCAAUAUCCGCUAAAAAGGGGGGAGGGGCUUCAAAGGGCUUAACUAGAGGCUACUACUACUCUGUGUACAUGUCGAAUAGCACGUAGGUCUCUCAUUAUUCACCCGUCAUGCAUGCUUUUUUCAAGUCUACAUCCUAUAGUAAUAUCUGUCGUAAACGACCGUAAUACUCGUCAUAACGAAGUUAUCGCGAAUGUUAUCGUCAAAUCAUCGUUGAAGCGAACUUUAACUCUUAUAAUCUUCCAUAUUUAGCUGGUCUUGGGAAUUAUUUAAACGUUUUUAACGAUGUUUUUGACGAUGUUUUUGACGAUUUUUGUGUUUCAUGAGGAUACGAUGUCUCUGUUCUUGCAACUGUGAUAUUACUUUGGAUGUAGAGAUGUAUCUUGACGUGUGUGCCCGUCGUACUCUUUACGCCCCAUGCUUCGAGCUGCGUUCAGGCUUCACAUUCGCGGCAAAUACAUUGUCUCCCGGUGUCAUUGCUGAGGAUCAUACACAAAUCGACACACACACGGCGAACGAUGUGAGUCGUCCCAUUCGUUUCGAGAAACAGAGAGAGAGAGAGAGAGAGAGAGAGAUUUCGUUCUCGAUUUAUAUCGCAAAUGACAUGGAUUUUACUUCAUAAUGCUCCUCUGCGACUCGAUAACGAUAUUUAAUUCGGGGUAUAUGUGUGUGUCAAACGAUUAUGUACGUGAACAUAGAUACUGUGAAAACUUGAUUCAUUCGUGCUGUGUCUCGUACUUUCCAUGUUUUAUCGAGAGAGAAAAGAUCUUGAUUAUUACUUGGAGGUUAUGACUGUCACCUCUAGCGAGAGUGAAUUUAACUUUAGUUAUUUUGCAUUCUAUCUUUUUCUUUGACUGUAAAUGUAUCCUUUCCUGAAUGAAGGAAUAAUAGGACACUGAUCGAUGACGGUUAAUGCUUAAAGAAGCUUUUAUAGAUCGAUGUAGCAAUCGCUCUAAUUGGCUAAACGUGCAAACGCCCUUAAAUGCAUUGUUAUUAUUGAUUACGCACAUAUUUGUACGAAGUUUAAUAUUCACUUUAAUUUAAUACUCAGAUGCUGAUUUAAAUGUCUUAAUCUUAUAUACGGGGACAUUGAUACAUAAACGAACAAAUAAGUAAGUUUACAUUUAAUAUAUACAUAUAUUUGUUGAUAUUUAUAUAUUAAAUGUUACACAAUGGAAGGUCAAUAUGUACAUGUAUAAAAUACUUUCUCUGAUUUUAGUUCAUACAAUAAGUGUCUGUCAGCAUGGCUUUGGCAGCUUAGCAUGUUUCGUCUUUAUACAUUUCAUAUAUGUGUAUAUAUCGUAUAUAUACAUGUAUCUUACACACAUCAUUGCGUGUGCGUAUGUAAAUAUACACAUCCUUCGUUAUUCAUGUUAUAUUUACGUGUCUCCUUGUUGUAAACGCCAUAUCAUCGCUAUAUCAUUUUCGCGCGAAACUUGAUGUAACUUGUGAUACAAUCUCACAUCGAUGUCACGUUUUGCAUCUGAUACUUGUGUUACAAUCUCACAUCGAUGUCACGUUUUGCAUCUGCACAUAUCAUUGUUAAUAUUUCCAAGUCAUUUUUAUCUCGUAGGCUGCUUCAACGUUUUUGCCAAAAAUAAUUUUUCACUAGAAAUAAGAGAGAGCCCCUAAUAUACGAAAUUUGCAAUGUGCACUCGUACUUUUACAAGUAGAAAAAAGUAUAAACUUAAAAUAAAUCGAUUUGUAAUGAA